AGAUACCAGAGAAUAGAGACAUGAUUUGGAUGCAAUAUUAUGGGUGCAACAAUUAAGUACUGAAGGACACAAUGUAUAUGAAGCUGGCCCAUGUUCUCUUCAUUACUGCACCUCAGGUGUGGAGCUAAGUGAUUCAAUCAAACGUAUCGAGACACAAAAAGAGAGGCGACCCCUGGACCAGCGCGAGGGACCCACCCGCACCAUGACCGAGACCACCAAGACCCACGUUAUCUUGCUCGCCUGCGGCAGCUUCAAUCCCAUCACCAAAGGGCACAUUCAGAUGUUCGAAAGAGCCAGAGAUUAUCUACACAAAACUGGAAGGUUUAUUGUCAUUGGUGGGAUUGUGUCUCCUGUCCACGACUCCUAUGGAAAACAGGGCCUCGUGUCGAGCCGGCACCGUCUCAUCAUGUGUCAGCUGGCCGUCCAGAAUUCCGACUGGAUCAGGGUGGACCCGUGGGAGUGCUAUCAGGACACCUGGCAGACAACCUGCAGCGUCCUCGAACACCAUCGGGACCUCAUGAAGCGGGUGACCGGCUGCAUCCUCUCCAAUGUCAACACACCCUCCAUGACGCCUGUGAUUGGACAGCCCCAGAAUGAGACCUCCCAGCCCAUUUACCAGAACAGCAAUGUGCCCACCAAGCCCACUGCAGCCAAGAUCCUGGGAAAGGUGGGAGAAAGCCUAAGCCGGAUCUGCUGUGUCCGCCCACCGGUGGAGCGCUUCACCUUUGUAGAUGAGAAUGCCAAUCUGGGCACAGUGAUGCGGUACGAGGAGAUUGAGCUGCGGAUCUUGCUGCUGUGUGGCAGUGACCUUCUGGAGUCCUUCUGCAUCCCAGGGCUCUGGAAUGAGGCAGAUAUGGAGGUGAUUGUCGGGGACUUUGGGAUCGUGGUGGUCCCCCGGGACGCAGCCGACACAGACCGAAUCAUGAAUCACUCCUCAAUACUCCGCAAGUACAAAAACAACAUCAUGGUGGUGAAGGAUGACAUCAACCAUCCCAUGUCUGUCGUCAGCUCAACCAAGAGCAGGUUGGCCCUGCAGCAUGGGGACGGCCAUGUCGUGGAUUACCUGUCCCAGCCUGUCAUCGACUACAUUCUUAAGAGCCAGCUGUACAUCAACACCUCGGGCUAGCAGCCCCAGGGCCCCCUGCUCCGAUCUCCCCUCGUCCUCCACCAACACACUGGCCCCUGCAGCCUCUGUCCGUCCCAUUUCUCUCCUGCCUCUCUGUUCCUCCAUCUCAUCUUGACUGUUGUCCCCACUUGCUGACUCAACCCCCCACAGUGUGGAGGACCUGCAGAGAACCACGGCAUACCCCACUCCGCAGUCAUCUUCGGACAAACUUUCCUCUAGUCUCCGGGUUGGGGGUGG